AUAGAUAGUUUCAAUUUCACUGAGUUAGUCUUGUGUGUUUGUGCGGCGGUCUCCUUCGAUUAUUUUUUUUCCCGCGAAUGUACGGUGGUCAUCCUUUCCCUUUCCGAGGUGGUCAUCGACAACCGUCACCACCGCCGCACUCCGCCAAUGCUCCAAACUCUAACAAGUUCUUCUUGCAACCGUCGCUGCCGCAGUAUCCUCUCCCCAAUCCCACCAACGCCUUCUUCCAUCAGCCACCGCAAUCUUUCUCAUUCCCCAACACCGCUCGGCCUUUUCCUCAGAACCCGCCGACAAACCCUAAAAAUGCAAUUGACCACGCUGAGCGCGCCGCAUCCGCCGCCUUCAGCGCCGUCCUCGCUGCUGGUGGCUCGGUCUCGGCAUGGGAGGUCUCCCAGACCACUCUCUCGAUGCUCCAAGUCGAUUCUUGGAACUCCUUGGGCAUCAAAAUGCAGCAAGUACCCUCCCUUCACCGCAUUUUGAUCACCGAAGGCAAGGUGAAUGCUUUUGUCCAUUGCUUUGUUGGGGUCCGGAGGAUCACUUCCUUGUAUGAUUUGGAAGUGGCAAUAUGCAAGAAUGAGGGUGUUGAUAACUUUGAAGCUUUAGGAUUGGGACCUUUGUUGCAGCAUCCUUUGGUUAUUCAUUAUUUCUCCCUUCGCUCUGAUGUAACCCAGGUGUUUAAGAUAACGAGUGAGGAGAUAAUUCAGUUUUUGAGUGAGUUUUUGGAUGCUUCUACAUGUGACAAAAUUAUUAAGGUAGAACAGUUUUUGGAUUUUAUUGCCAAGAAGCGAUUGGUUAAAUGCAAGGAAUGGCUUGGGAUUCGGAUUCAGAACUUGGGGAUGCAUAUAUCUGCUAUACGAGAAGCUAGAAAUUCCGAGCAAUCAACAUUAGAGAAACACUUGAAGACCUUAAAUUUGAAGAUUGAUAAGUUUGGGAAGCGUUCUCUCUCUUCCUCUCAGAAAAAGCAGCUAGAUGAACGUUUUAAUGCAAUUACUCAGCGCAUUGAAUGUUUUUCUCCUGUAAAAAAGUCUUUUUGUGGAAAGCAUAUAAGAUUUAUGUCAUCAAGCUCUGAAGAUGAAGAUAGUGAUUCUUCUGCACCUGAACAAAGUAAUAACAUUAUGGGUAACCAGUCAAACCCAUCACCACAAUUCACUAGAAGUUCAGAAGGAGUAAGUAGUUGUCCUUACCCAUCUGCAACUGAAGAGAUGGCACGACUUGGGGUGAGGAGUGAUCUAAGUUCUACAAGAAAGGAAUUCUGUCAACAACCAAGAAAGAAAAGGAAAUUUGAAAAUGUAACUUCUACAAGAUCUGCUGCUUAUAAGUUGCAAAAGAGAAACAGACUCGGACGUGCUGUAACCCCAAUCCAUAAUGGUAAAAAAACAGACAAAACCAAGGUACCAAUCAAUAUGGAAGGAGAUCUUUCAAUCACUAAUGAUUCUUUGCACUUGUUUGUCACAACCUGGAAGGAGGCAUGUUUAGAGCGCACGGUUGAUGAGGUUUUCGAGAGGAUGCUUCAAUUCUAUAAAGUAAAACACUGUCGCUGGAGGAGAAUAAAAAAUUUGUUCUCAUCAUAUCCUUUCAUUGGGUUACUGAAUGUUGCUGUUUCAUUUAUCAAGUCUGGAAUGAGGAACAACAUGUAUGAUACCUUCCAAGAUAUCAUUGAUAAUGAAUUAAAUAACUCCCCAACCAAGCGGUCUUCUGAACAUGAGACUAUUGAUGUUGGAUCAUGCCAGGAGAAAGUGCCAGUCAUAACAAUGGAUAACAUAGAGAAUGCAAAGUGUAUUUCUUCUGGUGAUGUCAUCACAAAAAUUGGAACUUAUUUUGACCAUGACAAUGAGAUAAAUAGAAUUAGUAGCAACUCACUAAUGCAAUACAGAAUUAUGUUGUUGAGGAAGUUUUGCAGCUGUGAAAAUUGGUUGGCAAAGGAAUUUGGUAUUAAAAACUUCGAUUCUCUUGGUUAUGGAGAUUUCAUAUCAUUCCUAGAAAAACACAUUAACCAGUUGCCUCAUGANCUACUGAAGUUGUUUGNUGGNGAUAGAUGUGAAAAUUUCCCUUUUGGNGCCUGCAUGUCUACAAAUCAAUUGACUGCUCUAGUAUCUCAGGCUCUUAGUACUUUGUGGGAGAAUGAAAUAGUAACCAAACAAAUGCUAUCCAUGCUUCUUACGAGGCAGUUCCCUUCAAUUAUGUUUGAUGUUCCUCCAAAUGACUCUUUAGUGAAUCUGUUGAAUGCUGUUCAGGGGCAUAAAUCUUAUGUGACUUCAAAAUGUGUUGUAUUUUCGGCAACUAUUACAGGAAAGAACUAUAAUGGAGAGUCAUCAAGUGAUAGCGAUAAUAAUUGGUCAGAAAUGAUGACUGACAGGACUGAGAUGAGCCAUGCAAAAAAAAAUGAAAAUGUUAUGGCAAAAAAUGCUAUUGAACUCUUUCUCAAGUCUCCGAUGUUGUCUGAUUUGAGCAAGUGGUCUCAUUGGGAUCUUAGGUUUGCUCCCUUUCUAGGUCCGCUAAUAUCAUGGUUGUUGAAUGAUGUAAAUACCCAGGAAUUAUUGUGUUUAGUUACCAGAGAUGGAAAGGUGAUACGGUUAAAUCAUUCUGCUUCCUUAGACUCUUUCCUGGAGGCCGCACUUCAAGGAUCCUCUUUCCAAACUGCAGUGCAUUUGCUGUCUCUGAUCUCACUUGUAGGGGGGGAAAAAUAUGUUCCAUUGUCACUUUUAAAAUGCCAUGCUUGUCAUGCAUUUGAAGUUAUGUUCAGAAACACUGUUGAAGAUGUUGAAGUUAGUGAUGAUGGGAAUGCUCUCUAUCAGUCUGUGGAAGCAUUAAGUAAAACAAAAAUUUUAACUGAAAUCUCAAAUGCUAAAAUGGGAAGUGAGUUUAGCAAACACANACGGAAAGUGAGUAAAGUUGCAUCCAUUCUCUCAAGGUUUGUGCUUGAUUGUCUUGGUCACUUACCAGCAGAAUUUCACAGUUUUGCUUCUGACUUGUUGCUUUCUGGGAUGCAAUCUGUUUUCAAGGAUGGUUCAAAAUGCAGAUGACAAUAAUUAUCCAGAAAGUGUGGAACCAACUCUUACAUUUAUUCUUCAAGAAUCUGGUAUAGUUNUAUUGAAUAAUGAGCUAGGUUUCUCUGCUCAAAAUAUGAGAGCACUUUGUGAUGUUGGAAAUUCAACAAAGAAAGGAUCUAAUGCUGGAUACAUAGGGAAAAAAGGCAUUGGUUUCAAGUCUGUUUUCCGGUAGUAUCCCAGAAGUUGCAAACAAAUUCCAUUCGCUUUGAUGUGAAGACAACUGAAAUCUCUAUGGCAUUUACUUUGCACGAAUCAGAUAAUAGUAACAUUCCAUGUUCAGAUCAACAGCCUGUUUUUGCAUUUCUUCCUUUAAGAACAUAUGGACUGAAGUUUAUUCUUCAAGGUGAUUUUGUUCUUCCUUCAUCUAGAGAGGAAGUUGACGGAGACAGUCCUUGGAAUCAGUGGUUGCUGUCAGAGUAUCCCAGUUUGUUUGUCCGGGCACAGAGAGAAUUUUGUGAACUUCCCUGUUUUAGGAGUGAGCCUGAAAAGGGUUUGUCUGCCUUCAUGAGUUUUGUUCCAUUAGUUGGUGAAGUUCAUGGUUUUUUCUCCAGUCUUCCUCGUUUGAUUAUUUCUAAACUGCGAAUGAUGAAUUGCUUACUUGUGGAUGGUGAAAAUAGAGAGUGGGCUACUCCAUGUAAGGUAUUGAGAGGCUGGACAGAGCAGGUGCGUGAUCUUAUUCCUGAUAAUAUGCUUCUUGAACACCUUGGGCUUAGAUACCUGAAAAAAAAUACAGUAUUGUCUGAUGCAUUAGCAAGGGCACUAGGCAUUGAGGACUAGGCAUUGAGGACUUUGGGCCUAACAUCCUUGUUCGAUUACUAUCAUCUUUAUGUCAUAGAAAGACCACCCUUAUAUCGAUGGGCAUGAGUUGGCUAGCUACUUGUCUAAGUACUCUUUAUAUAACAAUGUUCAAUUCAUCUGCCUCUGUGUCAAUCAACUCUGAAAUGGAAGAUAUUCGGAAAAAUCUUCAAAAGAUACCAUUUAUUCCACUUUCGGAUGGUACAUACAGCUCAGUGGAUGAAGGCACUAUAUGGUUGCAGUCCAAUAAUUUAAACUCAGGGUUUGACGAAGAGCAUAAAAUUGAAGCGUUCCCUAAUAUAUGUGCUAAACUAAGGACUGUAAGUCCUUCCCUUUUCUCUACAUCUUCUGGUACUCUGAGCUUGAAUAUGAUUUUUAUGGACAAUAUUACCCAGUUACUUCAGGGUAUUGGUGUUCAACAGCUNUCUGUACAUGAUAUAGUGAAGCUGCAUAUUUUACCUGCGUUGUCNGAUGAAACCAUGGCAAACAAAAACAGAAUGUUAAUGGUGGAAUAUGUAUGUUUUGUAAUGCUACACCUGAACUCCUCCUGUUCUGAUUGUUUUACUGAAAGCGAUNAUAUAAUAUCUGAGUUUANAUGUAAAUCUUUGUUAUUGACAAAUUGUGGUUUCAAGUGUCCUGCCGAUACACCAAUUCAUUUCUGUACUGGAUUUGGGAAUCCUGUUACUCCAAAAUUGCUGGCUGACUCUGUAAAUAUGACGUGGCAUGAGGUAGACCUAAUCUAUUUAAGCCAUCCAGUAAAUGAAUCAGCUUCAUCUGCAGCAGUGAAGUGGAGGAAUUUUUUUGAGAAGAUUGGCAUCACAGAUUUUGUUCAAAUAGUUCAGGUGGAUAAGAGUGUUGUUGAUAUAGGUGAUGCCACAUUUAAGCAGGUGAUGUGGGAUAGGGGUCUAAUAUCGGCUGAAUUAUUAGUCAAAGACUGGGAGUCCCCAGAAAUAGUGCAAUUAUUGUCCUUGUUGUCUAAAGGUGGCAAUCUUGAAAAUUGUAAAUAUCUCUUGGAGGUUCUUGACAUGUUAUGGGAUGCUUGCUACAGUAAUAAAACAACGGGUCAUUUCUAUCCUAAAUCUACUGGGGAUGGCCAUCCCUUUAAGUCUACAUUUAUAUGCAGCUUGUGUGAUGUCCAGUGGGUGGUUUCAACCAUGGAUACAGACGUACACUAUCCUAGGGAUUUGUUUUAUGAUUGUGAAUCAGUCCGGAUGAUCCUAGGAGAUUUUGCACCGUAUGCUGUUCCAAAGGUUAAUUUUGGGCACAUUUUUGUUAUUCAGUGAGAGAAUGUGAAAAGUGAAAGAUUGGUAAAAGAUUUUGGGUUUAAGACUAGGGUUACACUUGGUGAUAUUUUGGACGUUCUUAAGGCCUUGAGAAAAUCAUCGAAGACUCCAUUCAAGGCAAGG